AUGGAGCAAGGAGCUAUUGAGCCAAAGGGCACGGCGGACAUAGACAAUUCAAGCUCAUACAAAAAGAUCAUAAUAGUUGCAGCCAUUGCAGCCGGAAUCCAAUUCGGUUGGGCUCUGCAGCUCUCAUUACUAACACCAUACGUCCAACAACUCGGUGUUUCCCACACAUGGUCAGCUUUCAUUUGGCUCUGUGGUCCAUUGUCCGGCCUAAUUGUACAGCCAACCGUCGGCUACUACAGCGAUCGAUGCACCUCGAGGUUCGGUCGUCGUCGUCCCUUCAUCGUAGCCGGAGCUAUAUCGGUAGCCGCCGCAGUUUUCCUCAUUGGCUUUGCAGCAGACAUUGGGCAUUCACUAGGAGAUCAACUCACCAAACCCACAAAACCAAGGGCGGUGGCUAUCUUCGUGGUCGGAUUUUGGGUUCUUGAUGUCGCUAACAACAUGUUACAAGGCCCUUGUCGAGCUUUGUUAGCUGAUAUGUCAUGUACCAACCAAAAGAAAAUGAGGGUCGCUAAUGGAUUCUUCUCAUUCUUUAUGGGCGUAGGGAAUGUCUUAGGGUAUGCAGCAGGGUCCAAUAGCUCACUCUAUAAGCUCCUUCCAUUUACCAUCACUGAAGCUUGUGAUGCAUAUUGCGCUAAUCUCAAGACAUGUUUUUUAAUCGACAUUGUCUUGCUGCUAACCAUUACAACAGCCGCCGUGUUGUUAGUGAGCGAGAGGCCUUAUGAGAACGCUAUGGACAACGAAACAGAGCCGUUUUUUGGGCAAUUGUGUGGGGCGCUCAAGCGGCUAUCAAAGCCCAUGUGGGUGUUGUUGCUUGUCACAGCGUUGAAUUGGAUUGGUUGGUUUCCUUUUAUAAUGUAUGACACGGAUUGGAUGGGCGCUGAAGUGUAUGGUGGCAAGCCACAGGGGACGCCAGAACAAGAGAAGAAUUAUGACCUUGGUGUGCGAGCAGGGGCGCUUGGAUUGAUGGUUAACUCAUUUGUUCUUGGGUUUACAGCAUUGGGUAUUGAGCCAAUUAGCCGUGUGGUUGGUGGGCUAAGAUGGGUUUGGGGAAUUGUGAACGUUGUAUUGGCAAUUUGUAUGGGGUGUACGGUGGCUGUGACGAAGGCGGCAGAGAAAUGGAGGGCUGUUCACGGCGGCUUGGCGCUUCCUCCGCCGGGUGUUAAAGGUGGUGCCUUUGCGAUCUUUGCGAUAUUGGGUGUUCCACUAUCGGUGACUUAUAGUGUUCCAUUUGCUCUUGCGUCGAUCUUUUCGUUGUCAUCGAAUGCAGGGCAAGGGCUGUCUUUGGGGAUUUUGAAUCUGUUUAUAGUGAUACCGCAGUUCUUUGUGUCGGCUGUUAGUGGGCCGCUUGAUGCUGCUCUUGGAGGGGGGAAUUUGCCGGCUUUUGUUAUGGGGGGGAUUGCUGCGGCUGUGAGUGCUGUGUGCGCUAUGUUUUUGCUUCCUGAUCCGCCGCCGGAGACUCAUGUUGCUGUCACGAUGGGCGCCGGGCAUUGAUUUUGCUUGCCACUUAUUUUAUGUGCUUCUCCAAUAAAAAUUGAAUAAUUUUUGUUUGAGAUUUGGUUGUUGUUUAUGUUUAGUGUUUGAAUUGGUUAAUUGAAGUAUGGGGAUGUUGGUUGAAAAGAUU